AUGGCGUGCAUAAAGUUGAAAAAGUUGGAGGAGUAUUUGCAAUGUCUAGAUAAUUUUCAAAAACCGAAGAUAAAUCUGGAGCAGUACAACACUCCGCCGCACAUAGCUAGUUGUGUGCUCUACAACAUUCAGACAUUAUAUGGCGAUAUCGAAGGAAAGUAUGUUGGCGACCUAGGUUGUGGCUGCGGCAUGCUAAGUAUUGGCUCAUUUCUCCUCGGUGCUGGAAUGACCAUUGGUUUCGAAAUCGAUGAUGAUGCCUUAAAUAUAUUUCAAGCCAAUGUGAGCGAAAUGGAAUUGCCGAAUAUAGAUUGUGUUUUAUGUGACGUACUGACUUUGCCUAACAGUAAAAAUUGGGAAAAUACUUUUGACACCAUCGUUACCAAUCCACCUUUCGGAACGAAAAAUAACAUUGGAAUAGAUAUGAGUUUUGUUCAGACUGGCAUAGCUCUAUCUUCCGGAGCGGUUUAUUCAUUUCAUAAAAGUUCAACACGCGACUACAUUCACAAAAAGGUUAAGGAUUGGAACGUCAAGGGCAACGUGGUUGCAGAGCUCAAAUAUAAUAUCGAUACCUGCUAUUCUUUUCACAAAAGCAAGAGCGUUGACAUAAAUGUGGACUUUUGGAGAUUUGAUGUGUCUGAGAAAAAUGUCUGAUCCGAAUGCCACAACCUUAAAAAUCAAACAAUCUUACUAUAAUUUUUAUUUUAAAUAUUAUUAUAUACAUAUGGGAGUUUAUGCGUUAAGUUCAAAUCAUAGUGUUUGGUGACCGCUCAUUGUUCCUUCUUAACACUUGUAGCAUUUGUUCAAAAGCAUUUAUAAAAAUAUCAAACUAUUUAACCGAUAUCGGUAAAGUAGUGAUAUGAGAAACAAUU